AUGCUUGAUUCACUUCUCGAUGCUAUUCACGCCUUGUCAUAUGGCUCUCUAAUAGGCUUGGCAGCUAUCUUCGCAUUCGCUGCCGCCAACGCGAAAGCGCUCCCACUGGUGUACACCUUCCGACUACUACCUUCUCUAUACCGUCUCUUCGCACCUAGGCUAUCGCGCAACAAGAAGUUGACAACAAUCCAUUCUGCAAAUACAUCUACAUCCUACAAUGCUGCAUCGCCAGCGUUGUUCAGACAUGACACCAUGACCUCGAGGGCCGUUGCCCUCGACCUCGACGUCAACGUGCACAAGUCCAACAGCACCUUCUUCGCCGACGCCGAUAUCAGCCGUGCCCGGCUGCUGACGGGGCUGCUGAGCGCCGGUCUGGCGGGGCUCGGCCCGGCCAACUUUGUGCUGGCAGGCGUCCAAUGCAGGUUCCAGCGCGAGAUCCGCCCGUACCAGGCCUACGCCGUAUCCUCGCGAAUCCUCGCGUGGAACGACCGGACCCUCUACGUGGUCACGUACUUCCUCAGGCCCGGGACCGCGCUGCCCUUUGACCUGGAGGUCCGAGGCGGGCCUGCAGCUCUGGCGAAGGAUGAGAAACUGAGGAGGAGCGUCUUUGCGACCAUGGUCACCAAGUACGUCUUCAAGGCCGGAAGGGCGACCGUGGCGCCGGAGCAAGUAUUCCGCGCGGCAGGCCUUUUGCUUGAGGUUGGCGAGAACAAGCCGGUGGUACGAGACGAUGGGACGACUGCAUGGAAUAAGGGCUCUUGA